AUGGAGAAUCCCAACAGCGUUUUGUUAGAAGCUGAUCUUGUAGAUGGUGCUGUUAACUACAAUGGAGAACCAGCCGUUAGAUCCAAAUCUGGUUAUUGGAGGUCCGCUUGGUUCAUCAUAGGUGUGGAAGUUGCAGAAAGAAUUUCAUUUUAUGGAAUUCAAGGAAACUUGAUAUCAUACCUAACAGGACCACUCAAACAGACAACUGCAACAGCUGCUAAGAAUGUAAAUGUUUGGUCUGGAACAGCUUCUCUUCUUCCUCUCUUAGGUGCUUUCGUCGCUGAUUCUUUCCUCGGACGCUACCGCACUAUCAUAAUCGCUUCUCUCAUCUAUAUAUUGGGACUGGGUUUGUUAGCAUUAUCAGCUAUGCUUCCAUCCCUCACCAAAUCUAAAUGCCAAGUUGAUACUAAAUUCAUAUUAUGCUCCCAACAUUCACAAGUUAUCUUAUUCUUCAUCUCACUCUAUCUAGUUGCCAUUGGACAAGGUGGACAUAAACCUUGUGUUCAAGCUUUCGGCGCAGAUCAAUUCGACGAACAACAUCCUAAGGAGCACAGAGCCAGAAGCUCAUUCUUUAAUUGGUGGUAUUUUACGGUGAUUGCAGGUUGCACGUUAAUACUCUCGAUCUUGACCUAUAUACAAGAUAACUAUAGUUGGGUUCUUGGAUUUGGAAUCCCUUGUGUUGUAAUGACCAUUGGUUUGCUUGUUUUCUUGCUUGGAUCAAUGACCUAUAGGUUUAACAUUAAGAAUAAUGACAAGAGUCCUUUUCUUAGAAUCGGCCGUGUAUUCGUCAUGGCAAUAAGAAAUUGGCGAAAUACCUUAUCCAACACAUCUAUUGAAGAGGAAUGUGGUGGAAUGCUUCUGCGUCGAAGUUCUGAACAAUUCAGCUUCCUCAACAAGGCAUUGCUACCACCCAAGGGAUCCAAAGAAGGUAAUACUUGUAGCCUUGUUGAGGUGGAAGAAGCGAAGGCAGUACUGAGGUUGGUUCCAAUUUGGACUACAUGUUUGGUUUAUGGUAUUGUCUUUGCUCAAGUUUUUACAUUCUUCACCAAGCAAGGAAAAUCUAUGGAGAGAACAAUAUUUCCCGGUUUCGCUAUUCCACCUGCUUCACUUCAAUCGAUUAAUGGUAUCGCCAUUAUUCUCUUCAGCCCUAUCUACGACCGUAUAUUUGUGCCAAUAGCACGAGCUAUCACCGGAAAACCCUCAGGGAUCACAAUGCUUCAAAGAAUCGGAACUGGAAUUUUUAUAUCCAUAUUCAUAGUGGUAUUUGCGGCAUUUGUUGAGAUUAAACUGACUAAAAAUAGCACAAGAGUAUGGUCUUGUUGA